ACGGCUUUAAGCAUGUCUUUAGACAGAGACUAUGUUGCUUGUUGGAUGAAGGAAAGUAAGUACCCAUGGCUUUGAGCAUGUCUUUAGACAGAGACUAUGUUGGUUAUUGAAUGAAGGAAAGUACCCAAGGCUUUGAGCAGUCUUUAGACGGAGACUAUAUUGGUUAUUGAAUGAAGAAAUAUAUACCCACGACUUUAAGCAUGUUUUUAGACAGAGACUAUGUUGCUUUUUGGAUGAUGGAAAUGUACACACGGCUUUAAGCAUGUCUUUAGACAGAGACUAUGUUGCUUGUUGGAUGAAGAAAUGUAUACCCAUGGCUUAAAGCUUGUCUUAGACAGAGACUAUAUGGCUUGUUGGAUGAAGAAAAGUACCCACGGCUUUGAGCAUGUCUUUAGACAGAGACUAUGUUGGUUAUUGAAUGAAGGAAAGUACCCAAGGCUUUGAGCAGUCUUUAGACAGAGACUAUGCUGCUUGUUCGAUGAAGAAAUGUACCCACGACUUUGGGCAUGUCUUUAGACAGAGACUAUGCUGCUUGUUCGAUGAAGAAAUGUACCCACGGCUUUAAGCUUGUCUUUAGACAGAGACAUGUUGAUUGUUCGAUGAGGAACUGUACACAUGGCUUUGAGAAGAUGAAAAAAAAAACUAUUACGGCAUAGAGCAUUCUUAUGACAAGGACAAGAUGGCUCAAUUUUGAAUCGUUGGAUGGAAUAACGACCAACAUAUACAAAAAGUCUUAAGCCGUGUGUAGGUCGUGUUCCUUAAUAUUCUUAUUUGCUUGGUAGUGCCGUAAGGAAAGGAAUGUUAUGAGAUGGAAAAAAUGACGCACGGCUUAAAAGUUAAAAACCGUCUUUGCAUAAAGACUAAGAAUCAGUUUUCCACUACCUACACACAGCUUAAGACAAAAACUUUAUUUUGCUACCCACGGCUUAGAACAACUAGAUGGAAAAAUGUACCCACGGCCUUUGAGCAUGUCUUUAGACAGAGACUAUAUUGCUUUUUGGAUGAUGGAAAUGGAGACACGACUUUAAGCAUGUCUUUAGACAGAGACUAUGUUGGUUACUGGAUGAGGAAAGUACCCAAGGCUUUGAGAAUGUCUUUAGACAGAGACUUUGUUGCUUGUUGAAUGAAGAAAUGUAUACCCACGGCUUUAAGCUUGUCUUUAGACGGAGACUAUAUGGCUUGUUGGAUGAAGAAAAGAAAAGUACCCAAGGCUUUGGGCAGGUCUUUAGACAGAGACAUGUUGCUAGUUGGAUGAGGAAAUGUACACAUAGCUUUGCGAAGAUGAAAAAAAAAACUAUUACGGCAUAGAGCAUUCUUGUGACAAAGACAAGAUGGCUCGAUUUUGAAUCGUUGGAUGGAAUAACGACCAACAUAUACAAAAAGUCUUUAAGACAAGGACUAUGAAAUUGAAAACUGACUCGUUUUAAUAAUACCCACGGCUUUGAUCAGGUCUUUAGACAAAUAGGUCGAUUUUGACUUGUUGGGUGGAAAAACUAAACCACACCACAGCUUUGAGCAGUCUUUUAGACAGAGACUAGUGGCUCGACUUUUAACUUGUUGGCUAGAAGAAGUAUCCACACCUUUGAGAAAGUCUUUAGACAGAGACUAUAUGACUCAUUUUUUGACUUGUUAGACGAACAAAAAAGUACCCACAGCUUUGUGCGGUCAUAAUUCAAAGACAAAGAUGGCUCUCAACUAUGACUUGUUGGAUGGAAUAACGACCAACAAAUUCAAAAACGUGGAAACAGAAUCCUUCACCAUAAUGAGGCUUAGACAAGUCUGUAGACAAAAACUGUAGAUCUUGUUGGAUGGGUAAAAACGAACAAUAGUCUAAAAAGAUCUUGUAACAAAGACAGAACUGAAAAUGGGUUAGUUUUGAAUGUGUUGGAUGGAAUGAUACGACCAACAGAUUAAAAAACUCUCAAGACAUAGGCUAUAAAUUGAAAACACUAUCUUCGCUUGACCACAAGGCUUACUAUAUGGAUUCGGUUUCACUUCGUUGGAUGGAAAGAAACGACCAACUGCUUUAAAAGGUUAUGACUUAAAAGACUAUAUGAAUCAAAAGUUGGGUUUUUACUCUACUACAAGGCUUAAAAUAAAAGUCUCAAGACCAAGACUAUUGAUUGGUUUCUACCUUGUUGGAUGGGAUAAAACGACCAACAGGCUACAAAAGGAUACUUUACCCACCACAGCUUCAACGUCUUUAUACAAAGACUGUGUAUCGGUUUUGAUUUGUUAGAUGGAAGAUACGACCAACAAUUUCAAAAGACUGAAUCAAAGACUGAUUCUUAACUUUACCUACCACGGCUUUAAUAGGUAAGCAUGAGUGAAGCAAAGACUAAGUAGUUCUUAUUUUUUUCAGGUAUGUGCUAAUACAUUAAGAAGAUUUCAAUUGUAGCAGACUUUUGUGACAGGUAAGUACUUUUGAAGCUUGUUGUAAUUUAGUUGAUACAAUCAUGAGAUCACAAGUAGAAUAAAUAUAUAUAUAGUGAAGUAAAGACGAAUUCUGAUUUUCACAGGACAUUAUGUUUAAAUAAGGUUCCAAAUUCUUAUUUUGACAGCUUGAAGUAAAUACUAACUUUGAUUUUCAGGUAUGUGGUUCAAAAGGUGUUCAUACAUUCUCUCAUGGUCGCACAUGAGAUUUUUAAGUUUAGCCAAACUGUGCGACCAGGUGUAUGCUUUUCUACACUUUCCUUUGAUAACUUGAUAUUAGUACAUAUGAAAAGUAAAAAACUAGAAAUACAUAUCUAAACAGAUUUAUAGUUAGGUACACACAUGUUUCUUAGAUAAUUUAUUGGACAACAUUACUAUCUUUGAUUUAGUAUCUGUCAGAUUACAAAAACUUAUUGUUAACAUAUCAAUUGUUAAAAAGUCAAAUUUAUUUACGGUAUUUGAAUAUCACAUUGUGUGUUUAUAGCGUUAGUAGUAUAUAUAUUUUCUCUGUUUUGAUGCUUGUGUGGGAAAAUUUAAGGAAUAUUUUCGAAUUUACAACCCAUUUAGCACUAUAAGAUUUUCAAAAUCAAAUCAAAUAAAGAGAAUAUUCCCAAUCUUGAGGAACACUCAUAAAAUAUAACCGAAAAUCUCUCAAAAUAUAUGAAGAUUUGAUUUUCCAAAUCGACAUCCCUCAACUUUCUCCCCAAGUUUACAAUCAAACCUAACACCUAGCUUAAAUUCCGAUCAAUACUAUAAGAACCCUUCACCAGUUUCCUGUUCAAAGCGCAACCUUCCAACAAACCAAAAAAUAAAUCUAUGGCUACUAAAAAAAUUUCACCUUCGAUGCAAAUCCAAGCAUCGAAAGGUCCUAAUGAAAAAUCUGUCCUCUUCGGCGACUUGAAACCGUGGAAAAACACUUGGUUGGUUCAUGUAAAGGUGCUACACGCUUGGAAACAAUACAUUCAAUCCGUAGAGACAAUGGAAUUCGUCUUGACUGAUGAGACUGGGCAAAAAAUUCAUGCAACAUGUAAACAGACUUACAUUGAAAGUAAGGGAAGGAUCCUUACGGUUGGAGCAUGGCGCUACAUCCGGAAUUUCCAGAUUACUCCUGCUGGUGGAGCUUAUCGAACCACAGAUCAUACCUGGAAAAUUGUUUUCAAUCAAAAUACGGCCGUUACGCGAUCUAAUCACGUUAAUGACGAGCUGUAUCUGAAUUUGUCAGACUUUCAAACUGUUUUGUCUGGAACACUUGAUGAGAAUUUUUUAAUUGAUGUGCUCGGUCAAGUUUUGGAUUGUGGUGAUGUCGAAAACAUUCAGUGUACCGGGGGAAAGCAACGAAAAAAACUUGAAUUCACCCUAAGCGACAUCAAUGAUUCGCAUUUACCAUGCUGCAUAUGGGGCAACUUAGCCGAGAAACUCCAUUCUGCAAUUAACCAAGAAGUUGGUAUGGUUACUAUGCUGCUCAGGUUUGCUAAGCUUGGGAGAUUUAGAGGUACAUAAUUCACGAUAAACCAUUAUGAUAAACUUAAUGGUUUAUAUUUUAAUUUUCCAUCAAACAAGUUUGUUUCAUAUGGGCUUUACAUUAUAUACUAAACAUUGCUUUUGAAGUUAUAUAAGAAUUUCAUAUUUAUAAUUAAAAAAUUUAAAUAUACAAUUAAUAAACAUAAACAUAAAGUAGAUAGGAAUGUAAUACAUGAUAUCAAUACACUCGGUCAUAAUUUAAAUAAUAUUACAAUUCAUUUAAAUAUUUUAAUAAUUUAAUAAGACAAUGUACACAUUAAUUUUACUAAAAAAAGUUGUAAAGUUAAUAUCUUCCUGUAUUUUUGAAAAAAAAAAAUUAUUUCACAAUACUAACAUUUGGUAUAGAUGAAAAAGUAAUGUAAAACAUAAAAACAAAUGCUAACAAAAAACACUAAGACAUUUGAUAUACAUUUGUUAUAAUACUAGAUAUAUGUCCAAUAAAACAAACUCGCGCUUAAUAAUAAAAUUGACAAAGAAUACAAACCCGCGCUUUGAAAGCGCGGGUCAAAAUCUAGUUAUGUUUAAAUAAGGUUCCAAAUUCUUAUUUUGACAGCUUGAAGUAAAUACUAACUUUGAUUUUCAGGUAUGUGGUUCAAAAGGUGUUCAUACAUUCUCUCAUGGUCGCACAUGAGAUUUUUAAGUUUAGCCAAACUGUGCGACCAGGUGUAUGCUUUUCUACACUUUCCUUUGAUAACUUGAUAUUAGUACAUAUGAAAAGUAAAAAACUAGAAAUACAUAUCUAAACAGAUUUAUAGUUAGGUACACACAUGUUUCUUAGAUAAUUUAUUGGACAACAUUACUAUCUUUGAUUUAGUAUCUGUCAGAUUACAAAAACUUAUUGUUAACAUAUCAAUUGUUAAAAAGUCAAAUUUAUUUACGGUAUUUGAAUAUCACAUUGUGUGUUUAUAGCGUUAGUAGUAUAUAUAUUUUCUCUGUUUUGAUGCUUGUGUGAUCGUAAGGUCUUUCAUAUCCUGAGUUGAUCUUUAUUAUAUUCUUGAUCUAGUACCGUGACAGUAAUAUCUCUUCGAUUAGAACAAAAUAUUUUCUGGUUUGAUACUUUAUUUUGAAUGUAACUAAGACUCUUGUAGACUAUGGUAUAACUUUAAUAGUUUUCCUUGAAUCUUGAAUGUUUUUUUCUGUGUUAUGCUAUGAAUCCUUGGUGAGCAUUCUAAAGAUACGAAAUGACACCCUCACAAUCUUACAGUUAGUUAAUUGUUUGUCUUAGGAAUUAGGAUUAAGACAUUCUGCAUCAUUACUUUAUACGUUGAUGAUUAUUGACUCCCUUGGUCUCACAGGCUUACAGAUUUUAUGGAACUUGGAAAUACUGAAUCACUAGUGUUUUUAUUAGUCAAACGAGUUAAUGAGUUUUAUUGUGACGUAGGAACUAUUGGACUUUUUAAGUUUGAGAAACCCAAAAAUCUCAUUUUGCCUAUGAAAGAACAUUGACAUCUGUUUUGCCCAUCGCACACCAUCUGUUUUAUAACCUUCUUUUCUCAAGUUUUACAUUUUCUUCAUAUUAAUUAAUGACCCAACUGUUACAAAAAAAAAAAAAAAUUAAUGACCCAACAUAGCCUUAACCUAGCCUGUGUUCAUCCUUUCUUCCCUAUCAAUAGCUUUCCGUCCCAGGUUUCUUAAAGCUCAAGUAAACUCGUUAACCUUAAGCAAAUCAAAGCAUCUUAGAGUUAAAG